AGUGGGCAUGUUAUCAGCGGUCAAAGGAAGUGGCUAGUUUUCCAUUCCAUCCAUUCAUAGCGCAACCGCUCAUAACGUGCACUGACGCAUAGGCGAGAUAGGGAUCAGCGAGCGAGAGACAGAGAGAGGGUUGGAUUAGGGCAUUGACAGCCACCUCAGUCAAACAGUUGAGAGACACGGUCACAACCUGCUGAGAGGGCAAAACUAACGAGACCGGAAAGUCUAAAUCCAAUCCAGAUCACUGCUUAACCGGUUAGGAAGAGGGGACCACCGACCAUCUCGAGACCCCGCACUGAUUGAAAAGAGGGCAGAGUUGGAGAGUGAAACAAUCCGUUUAGAAAAAUAUGGAGCGCAAAAUCCCUGACUUCGCUGGUACCUGGAAGAUGAAGAGCUCGGAGAACUUCGAGGAGCUUCUCAAAGCGCUGGGUGUGAACGUGAUGCUGCGUAAGAUAGCGGUGGCAGCAGCUUCCAAGCCGUCGGUGGAGAUCACCCAGGAGGGAGAGACUCUGUCCAUACGAACCUUCACCUCCGUCAGAACCACCCACGUCACCUUCACCGUGGGAGAGUCCUUCAACGAGGCCACGGUCGACGGACGCCCCUGCACGAGUCUUCCAAAGUGGGAGACAGACAGUAAGAUCAGCUGUGAGCAGACUCUGCAGAAAGGGGAGGGGCCUAAGACCGCCUGGACCCGAGAGAUAACCAAUGACGGCGAGCUCAUCCUGACCAUGAGUGCAGACGAUGUGGUGUGCACCAGAGUCUACGUACGAGAGUGAAAGAGAAGACAACUCUUCAUCCUUCCAUCUCUCUCACCACUCACUCACUCCACAAACCCCCAGCCAGAAUGGGCAGGGCGAAAUCAGCUUGUAGAAUCUAGUUAAACUCCAGUAUAUCUGUCACAAAUCCAUGGGAUUGAACCCAGUCUAGUUGACCUAUAUCUAUUAAAGUCAGUCUUGCCAAUGUUCUGUCCACUUACUCAGUGAGGUCGUAAACCUGAAAUUGUGUCUUCUUCUGAGUCUUUGUACGUGCAAGGUUGUUGAUCCAUGUGUGUGUGUGUGUGUGUGUAUGUGUGUGUGUGUGUGUGUACGUGCUAGUCAGUGGAGUAGGUCUAAGUGUGUGUAUCAGUGUCUGACUAUAUGUGUAGUUGUGUAAACCGAUGUAUGAGCUCUUCCAGUUAUAAGGUCUGUUACUUUGUGUCCGUUCUCUCUCUCCUUCUCUCUUCCCUCUUAUCUCUAAGUCCAUAAAGUUGUAUAUUUAUUACACUAGAUCUGAUACCGUGUUGCUAUGGUUUUUACUUUGUCUCUUUUAUAUAAAAUCUGAUCAUAGGAAAUGAUGCUUCUAUGAGAAGACAAUAAAACACGAUGUUGACUCCA